AUGAAAAGGAAGAUCAGUGCAAAAAUAGUUAUCCAUUGUGGAAGGGCGAUGUCCAGAUUAUUUUACAAGUUUCCAAUCUCUACAGAUCCGUUCAAAUUUUUUGAGAUGCAACUGUUAGAUGAUGAUGACUUGGGCACUAUGAUGGAAAUAUGGUGGUCGACUGGGAGUGAGAACCCCCAACCAGUUGAGUUAUUUGUUAAGUUAGCGGACUUAGAGCCUGUUGAGAAUGUUAGUCCAAUAAGUCAACAUCGUGAAUUUGACUUUGAUUUUAAUGUCGGAUGGAAAGACCAGUUAGAAUGCGAAGGGACAUCACAGAUACCCGAAAAUCCAAAUUAUGGUGGGAGUUCGUAUAACAACCCUACCCCCGGACCUCAUCUACAAGUAAAUCCGGAGGACACUGAAGAUUUUAGUGACCCCGAUGUUGAUGAAGUUUCAGACGAUAUCGAUGAUGAAGACCCAGAGGAGGUUGAAGAUGUUCACGGCCCUUCAUUCAGUAACCCGAGUCGUGGCAUUGUUUUACGAAAUGAACCUGGGAGUGACAUGUUGAACGUAGAUCCAGAUGCAGCGCAUGCAUCCGAGUUCUUUGAGUACACCGAUAUAGUACCUACUCAUAGAUUGGCGUCAAAUUCGCAGUUCGAGGAGUUGUUCAUUGGGCAACAGUUCGAGAACAAGGUAGACUGUGUGUUUGCCAUCAAACAAUAUAGCAUAAAUUUGUCGAUUGAUUACAAAGUUGCCAAGUAUACAUCGACAUUAUAUGUUGGGGAAUGUUGGAAAGCCGGCGAUGGGUGUGGUUGGCGGGUUUAG